ACCUAAUCCAAUACUACACUUAAAACCACACACAAAUCUUUCUAGUUAUGGAGGUUUUUCCCCAUAGUAAAACACCCAUCUUGUUUGUUGUCUUGUUAGCCACCUUCAUCACCAUGGCACUAGGCCAAGGCACACGAGUUGGGUUCUACCAGACCACAUGCCCAAGGGUGGAAACCAUCGUGCAGGCUGCUGUCCAGUCUGCUGUCCGCUCCGAUCCAACAAUUGCACCUGGUUUACUAAGAAUGUUCUUUCAUGAUUGCUUUGUUAAUGGCUGCGAUGGCUCCAUACUAAUUGAUGGUCCUACUUCCGAGAAAACCGCUCUGCCCAAUUCCCAGCUGAGAGGAUUUGACGUCAUCGAUGCUGCAAAGAGGCAGCUCGAAACCACCUGUCCUGGGGUGGUCUCGUGUGCUGACAUUCUUGCGCUUGCUGCACGUGAUUCGGUGGUCCAGACAGGUGGAACGGGUUGGGCAGUGCCAACAGGCCGCCGAGACGGAUUAGUUUCACAGAAUUCUGAUGCUGCAAAUUUGCCUGCUUUCAAUGACCCCGUUAGUGUCCAAAUCAGCAAGUUUACGGCCAAAAAUCUUAACACCCAAGAUCUUGUUGCCCUUUCUGGAGCACAUACAAUUGGAACAGCAGCCUGUGUAUUAUUCAGGUACAGGCUAUACAACUUCAACAACACCAACGGACCUGACCCGGCUAUUGACCAAGCAUUCCUUCCACAGCUCCGAACCCUGUGCCCCGAUGGUGGUGAUAAUGCAAGGCGUGUGGGCCUAGAUACAGGGAGCGUAAACAACUUCGACAAUUCGUACUACGCAAACUUGAGGAGUGGGCGGGGAGUACUUGAAUCCGAUGCAGUGUUAUGGAGAGAUCCAACAACACAAAGGUUUGUGCAACGAUUUCUUGGAGUUAGGGGACUGCUUGGAUUGACGUUCAACGUGGAGUUCGGGAGAUCAAUGGUUAGGAUGGGUAAUAUUGAGUUGAAGACGGGGACUCAAGGAGAAAUUCGUAGGGUUUGUAACGCAAUCAAUUGAUGAUGUAAAUAUGAUUUUGAAAUGGUUGAUAGGCAUAAGUUGUUAAUACAAUCAUUAUCUGCCUACCAACAAGAAUAUAUCAAUAAGAAUUUCUGUUUCUUCCCA